CAGACUUUACUUCGCCGAGGAUUUUAAACACAAUGGGCUUAAACAGAUCUCCUAACGAGUAAAAUGGAUUACAAAUGAAGCAGAAAAUAUCCACAACAACCACAACAACUAGAACAACAAAGGGCAACGAUUAGCCAGAAGAGAUGAAUGCGGUCAUUCGCUUGGCACAGCGCUUUAAAAUAAAUAAGCUCAUAUAAGUUGACAACAAAAACAACUCGAAUCCUGCUCCCGCCAACAACAAUAACAACAGCAACAACUGUUACUACAACCGUCAGAAAUGGCCUUCCUCUUCGAGCCAUUUCAGAGCGAUAAUCAAUAUUUGCGCGAAUUUCUUUCCCACCUCUAUCUCAAUUGCAUUAUUCGCUAUCAGAAUGAAAGCGGUUUGGCGGCAAAUGAUACGGACGAUGAUGCCAACUAUAUCGGCGUGCCACGUUAUCUCGAGGAUGCUGUACUCAGUGAAGGCACUAUUGACUUGACAAAUGUGGACGAAGCGAAGGUAGAACAAAAUGAACUAUUCGCUUACAUAUCUAAGCACAGCUUAAAACCAACAUCCGCAGCGGCUAGCAAGAAAAGGAACACCCAGACUACUAGCAAUGCAACCGACACGUAUAGCAGCAAUUUCUCUCUAGUCGCUGCAACAACACCAGCCUCUGCAACUUCCUUGUAUGCUACCGACAUCUCUGCUUCUACAACAUACUCCACUGCAGCCACUUCCUUCACUUCCAGCGGUCAGCUACGCUUCUGUCCUCUACGCUUCGAUGGCUAUCUCUGCUGGCCACGCACGCCCGCCGGCACUGUGCUCAGUCAAUAUUGUCCGGAAUUUGUGGAGGGCUUCAACCGCAAAUUUCUGGCGCAUAAAACCUGUUUGGAGAACGGCACCUGGUAUCAUCAUCCUGUCAGUGGACGCGAGUGGUCCAACUACACAAAUUGCAUUGACUAUGAUGACUUAGAGUUUCGCAGCUUUGUAAAUGAGUUAUACGUGAAAGGAUAUGCUGUCUCCUUAACCGCCUUGGUGCUCUCACUUAUCAUAUUCCUUGGCUUCAAAUCCUUACGCUGCACACGCAUACGCAUACACGUACAUUUAUUCGCCUCAUUGGCAUUCACUUGCAUCGCUUGGAUACUUUGGUACAAAUUAGUGGUCGAGCAACCGGAUUUAAUAGGCAAUAAUCCGCCCUGGUGCAUUUUGCUACACUUCGUCGUACACUAUUUCAUGCUGGUCAAUUAUUUCUGGAUGUUUUGUGAGGGGCUGCACUUACAUUUAGUGCUGGUAGUGGUCUUCGUGAAGGACACUAUAGUGAUGCGCUGGUUUAAACUGUUUGCCUGGAUGUCACCGAUACUUUUCUUGUUGGCUUAUGGUGUAGCACGAUUCUUUCAUCCAGACGACAAUGUACACUGCUGGAUGGAUGAUAGUCUGCUGUUGUGGAUUUUAUCUGUACCCAUUUGUGCUUCGCUCCUGGCCAGUUUUGUCUUUCUCAUCAACGUCUUGCGCGUUAUUGUACGCAAAUUGCAUCCACAAUCAGCGCAACCAGCACCAUUGGCCAUAAGAAAAGCAGUACGAGCCACAAUAAUAUUGAUUCCCCUUUUUGGUUUGCAACACUUCCUCCUUCCUUAUCGACCGGAUACUGGCACUCCACUGGAACGCUUCUAUCAAAUACUGUCCGUGAUCUUGGUGAGCCUACAAGGAUUUGUGGUUUCGUUUCUCUUUUGUUUCGCCAAUCAUGAUGUGACAUUUGCCAUACGCAGUCUCUUAAAUCGCCUAAUGCCCGGACUGGUCUCACCGCCGCCGCCAGGCACACACACUGGACAGAUGGCCACCACAACGCCGAGUCGAGAGUUGGGAGUGUAAGGAGUUAGAAAAUUCGAGAGAAGAGCAAGUAAAGCUUGGAAAUACUACUGAGCGGGAAAUGAUUUUUAUUAUGGUCGCAAACUUUAAAGUGAAAAUUGAUUAGGAAGUGCGUUUCAAGUGAAGGUACAAAUUUUUUCAAAUAAUAUUGGUAGUUUUCCAAAAAAAAAACAUUUAUAAGAGACCAAAAAUAAUUUCAAAUACCAAGAAAAAAUAUAUUUAUUUUAUAUUAAGCACAAAAACUGUUCCAGAGGGUCAAACCAACUAUUCAAAUAAACUAUUUACAUUUAUUUUAAAGCAGGGACCACACGAUUUGUACAUUUGUACAAAUUUGUAUAUUUUGACAGUCACAGAGUGGUGUUGUCUAGAAAUAAUGAGUUCAGCUCAAUAACAACUUUCCAAAGAACAGCAAUCUGUAACUGUGAAAAUGUACAAAUCUGUACAAAUGUACAAAUCGUGUGAUCCCUGCUUUAAACUCCCAAUUACAUACAGUUGUUGAUGUAUAACACAGAAAAAAGCUUUUAAAUGUAUAAAAACCAAUGUAAAACCAUUACAGGUCGAGAAAUAUAAGAGAAACCAAUGUAGUAUUAAAAAUACAUAUCGAAGCCAAUAAAAAUUAAAUACAUGCAUAUAUGAACU